AUGUAGUAAAUUAGUAAGGAAAAGGAAAAUCAAAUCUAAUAAGCUAUGGACUUAGAAAAGGAUGUAAUAAGUACAUUAGGCAAAGUGAGAUAAUAUGAAACUUCAAUUAAUUCACUCAAAAGAAACAUAUAAAAAUGCAAUAUUACUUUGAAGGAAUUGGGCAGUAUUGAUCAAUAGAAGACAUACUAACCUGUUGGUAGAUGCUUUAUUUUGAAACCCAAAGCAGAUAUUGUGAACGAAGUUAAUGAAAAUAUCAAAUCACAUGAGAAAGACAUAGAUGAAUAUGAAAAGGUUAGAUAGCAUUUAAUUACAAAAGGGAAGGAGAAAGAAACUUAAUUAUAAGAAGCAAUGAAAUCAUUAAAAAUUUGA